AUCCCACUCUUCUUCGGUAAUGAAGAAGGAUCGGCUGGCACUCGAGCUGUACCUACUGAUGACUAUAUCGCUGUGGAAAUUGAGCAUGGAAGACCAAAGGUUACCAUCAACUUGGGCGAGAAACCCAUCGUUAUUCCUCUGAACACGCCGGUAAAUGACAAUCAGUGGCGCCAACUGAGUAUAGAACGUAUAGGAAAAGUAGCAACAGUGAAACUUUAUGCACCGAAUAGUGAUCAGGUUGAGGAAGAGAAACGGGCUUCAUCUGAGGGUAACAAGAGCAUCCUAAAUCUGCACCAGACUAUGAGCCGCCUGUUCGUUGGAGGGGUCCCGCCGGGAAGCAAGAUCGCCAAUGAAAUUCGCAAUCGCGACUUCGAAGGAGACAUUGAAGAUUUGACACUGCAUGGGGAACCUGUGGGUCUGUGGAAUGCGAAAUCUGGUGGUACGGUGUCGGUAAAGGGUGCUCCGCCUAGACCAAGGACCAAGGAGCUUAUGGCUCAGCCAGGAGUUUCUCUGGACGGUGAAGGCUACCUCGUUUACAAAAUGGGCUACUGGAAUCCAAGAACACGUGCCGUAAUUACCCUACAAUUCCUUACAUUCUCA